AUGAACAAGUUGUUUGAAUGGAAUGAUCAUAAUCCAUAUCAUUCCCUCUCUAUUCAUCUUCUGAACACAAAAAGAAUAUUUCAUAAUGAACUAUCUUUCCGAAGAUUCAGCAUGUUUGUCAACUGGUUUGACUGUUUCAUUUCACAUGAGUUCACGUGUUCUCCAUAUCCAUUGAUUGCAAGGAUCAUCAUAGCAUUGGCUCUUCUUACAUUGGUUGUUGUGUUCAUCAUUCUAGCAAAGAGCUUACGUCUCUCAACUUCAUCAAAGAGAAGAGUAGCCGAUGAACAUGGUUUCUCUUCAACUUACACAAUGGUUACAAUCCUCGAAAGUGAAAAUGGAGAAGACUAUGACGAUGAUGAUGAUCUGAGUGUUUAUGAAAGUUGA